CGAUCGGUUGCUAACUUACUUAGCUCGCUAAUGUGAUAGCUGUCCCGUUAACACAGUUUUGUCAGUGUUUGGUGACUUUUAGCCUCCUAUGCGGCUCAUUUAAUCGUGUUAACGUACAUAAUUCAUCACACUGUGUAGAGGUUGUGUGUGUAUAUAACGCUAUGCACUUAGUAAAGAAAAACUAGCAAUCCGCGCUAGUAGUGGCUGACUUCCGUAGCUGGAAAACGUGCAGCGGCACAGUUCUCACAGUUGAGCUCAGUUAGCUCAUGCUGGCCGACGCUAACAGACGUCAGCUGCAGUUUCUGAGAACUCAUCAGGACUUCCAGAGAAAAGCGCAUGUGGUUUUUUUUGUUGUUUUUUUUUACGACCAGCUGUCUUCAGAGAGAGCCUGAAAUCCGUAACCAAGCUGGUGAAUAUCCUUACAGAGUGGCAAAACUUCCAGUCAAUAGGAAUUUGAACCGCUACAGAGAUGUCAGCCCAUAUGAUCACAGUCGGGUCAAACUUGAAAACUCUGAAAAUGACUACAUCAAUGCUAGUUUAGUCAUGGUGGAAGAAGCCCAAAGAGCUUACAUUCUUUCUCAGGGGCCUUUAAGGAAUACCUGUGGUCAUUUCUGGCUGAUGAUUUGGGAGCAGUGUUCCAAAGCUGUUAUAAUGCUCAACAGAGUCAUUGAAAAGGGAUCUGAAAAGUGUGCACAGUACUGGCCGACCACAGAGGAGUUACAGAUGUCUUUCACGGACACAGGGUUUGUUGUCAGGCUACUGUCAGAGGAAGACCAGUCCUAUUACACAAUCCGAGUGCUAGAACUGCAGAACACAAAGACAGGAGAGUCGAGGGAGAUCUACCACUUUCACUACACCACGUGGCCUGACUUUGGCGUUCCUGAAUCUCCCGCCUCCUUCCUCAACUUCCUCUUCAAGGUUCGGGAGUCCGGCUCGCUUGGCUCAGAGCAUGGGCCCUCAGUGGUGCACUGCAGCGCAGGGAUUGGACGCUCAGGGACCUUCGCCUUGGUGGACACAUGCCUGGUCCUGAUGGACAGAAGGAAGAACCCAUCAUCAGUGGACAUACAGAAGGUGCUACUGGAUAUGAGGGAAUACCGCAUGGGUCUGAUCCAGACCCCCGACCAGCUCCGCUUCUCCUACAUGGCUGUCAUUGAGGGAGCCAACCUCAUCCUGACAGACAAUUCAGCACAGCAGAACAAGCAGGGAGUGAUGUCCCAAGAUGACUCGGAGCCAGAUCUGCCCCCGCCGCCACCUCCACCCAGACCUCACCUCAAUGACAGCAGGCCCAACGGCCAGCCAGGACCCUGCCUGCUGCCGGCCGCCUCAGAAGACGACCUGCCUGCAGAGGAGCCAGCCAGCCUUGACCACCACGAGGCAGAAAACACUGGACAUGUCCGAAAGCGACACCGUGAGGAGAGGAUUGCCAGCACCUCGCAGAAGGUCCAGCAGAUGAAACAGAGACUGACCGACUCAGAGAGGAAAAGAGAGAAGUGGCUGUACUGGAGACCCAUUCUGCUUAACGUCGGCACCGGGGCAGCUCUGGCUGUCGGCCUGCUGGUGUGCUGGAUGUACUCCCAGUGAAACACUCUCGGUCACUGAAAACUGACUCUUAUUUUGCACCAGUACCUGGGAUUAGGUACUUCUCUAAGUAGAUUUAGAUGGUAAUAUGUGCAUAACUGAGGGUAUUUAUUUCUUAAGGUCAAAAUGCGGGAGCGCUAGAUCAAAUGAGUGUGUGUAUAUUUUUCAUGUAAGAUCUUAACAAAAAUAGUAACAUCUCAGGAUCUUGGUGCCAGCACGAUGAUUUAAUUUCCUCUCCUUCUUGUCACUGUUGAUGAAUGUACUGUAUCAUAGCAAAUCGCUUUGAAAGAAACUUACUUAAGGUGCAGUACAAAGAAAAAAAAAAUAUUCUGACAGGUUUAUUUUUGCAUUCUUUAUUUGUAAUGGUCAGAUGUGUGUUGAUCAUCUGUGGACAUGUUUUACAUUUUGUGUUUCAAAAUGACUUGUGUUGACUGUCCAUCCUACCAUAGAUACGUAGGAAGUUGAGACCCUAGUGGUUCAACUAUGGGAGUUUUUUUUGUUUUUUUUCCUGUUAGGAAAUUUGCAUUUCAUGCAUGCAUUUAGAGGUUUUCCAAAGCACCACUUGUUCUUCCAUUCACAUUGAGCAGGGCAUCCGAAAAUGGACACACACACACACAUACAUGUAUAUAUAUAUUGUGUGAGUGUGUGUGACUGGACACUUCAUGGGGUGCUGCCUUGCUGAUGUUUUCAAACUCUGCUAGAAUGUUAACCUUUUUAUUUUCCAUCAUAUGAGCAAGUUUUUCGUAGGCUUCAGUUGUCACAUGGAUCUUACAAGAUGUCAGGUCCCUCACUGCUUAAUGCGUGUAUUUACCCACUGGAUGGGUUCAUGUUUGUGUAUUUUCAGGUUCAUCCCACUGUUGUUCUGGAGGAAACCAAAGCAAAGCUGUCCGUUUUUAGGAAGGGAUACAUACAGCCAAGCAAGCUGUUUAAUGAUGAAACCUUGUACUCCCAUUAUGUGGAAUGUAUUUUCUGUUUGAUCUCUGACAUAAUUGACACCUGCAUUACAAAACGAUACCAUUCAUAGCA